GUGGCCCAAUGGCAGUGAACGGACUCCACUGUUUGCGCUGUGAUUGGAUCGCUAGUCCGAAAAACGGUGUGGCACAGGGGUGUGCAGAGUAAACCAAAGACCCUGUAUUGUGUCUGGGAUUCUCGGCCUCGUAUUAAAUCUAGAGCUUAUGUGAUGAAGAUGGAGAUUAGGCCUCUGUUGAUGUGCUUUGCUCUGUGCGUGGUCUACGCCACCAGCAAACCCACAGAAAAGAAGGACCGUGCCCACCACGAUGUACCACUGAGCAGCAAGGAGCAUGACGACGGCACAAACUUUGACUAUGACCACGAUGCCUUCCUUGGGGAGAAUGAAGCUAAGACGUUUGAUGACCUGACCCCAGAGGAAAGCAAGAAUAGGCUUGGUAAAAUUGUGGAUAAGAUCGAUGCAGACGAGGAUGGCUUCGUCACAGAGGCUGAGCUGAAAGCAUGGAUCAAAAAGGCUCAGAAGAAGUACAUCUAUGACAAUGUGGAAAGACAAUGGAAGGAUUUUGACAUGAAUAAUGAUGGCAUGAUCUCCUGGGACGAAUACAAGAAUGUCACAUAUGGCACCUACCUUGAUGAUUCUGAGUCUGAUGAUGGCUACAACUACAAGCAGAUGAUGGCUAGAGAUGAACGGCGCUUCAAAAUGGCUGAUGGAAAUGGAGACCACAUCGCUGACAAAGAGCAGUUCACUGCUUUCCUCCAUCCUGAGGAGUAUGAGCAUAUGAAAGAUAUUGUUGUGUUGGAAACUAUGGAGGAUAUUGAUAAGAAUGGUGAUGGUUUUAUCGACCUGAAGGAGUAUAUUGGCGACAUGUACAACCAUGAGGAUGAAAUGGACGAGCCAGAAUGGGUGGCGACAGAGCGAGAGCAGUUUUCCGAGUUUAGAGACAAGAACAAGGAUGGGAAGAUGGACAAAGAUGAGACCAUGGACUGGAUCCUGCCGGCCGACUACGACCACGCAGAAGCCGAAGCCAAGCAUCUGGUGUACGAGUCUGACACGAACAAGGAUGGCAAACUCACCAAAGAGGAAAUACUCAACAAGUACGAUUUGUUUGUGGGAAGUCAAGCGACUGACUUUGGGGAGGCUUUAGUUCGACAUGAUGAGUUUUAAUUAUUUUUACUAGUAUAAUAGAUAAUUACUUUUUAACUUGUUUUGGUAAAUGGAUAUAAUUUAUUUUAUAUUGCUUCACCAUAAUACAACAUUAAUUCCUCAGAUUUAGUUCACUUGAUAGAUUGUUUUCAUUUUUUGCACACGGAAAUGCAUUCAUGAUGACGCUACUUAAAGGGAUAGUUCACCCAAAAAUGAAAAUUCUGUCAUUAAUUACUCACCCUUAUGAUGUU